AGCAUGGUAUGGCGUUCGUGAUUGCCGCAUUCCGUCGGAGCUCUGCCACGUGUCUCUCUGACCUGAAAGCUAAGACUAUCGGGCUAAAGUUAUGUCUUCGUAACCUCCUGGGUGCUUAUCAGUGCAGUGAUCAUUUUGGUAGCUCUACUUGUGUCCGCGAAUUUCCAAAGCAGGCAUAUCCAGCUGCAGACUUGAAAAAAAAACAAUUGAGAACGUCAGACAAGAGAAAAGGAAACAUGGGGGACUGUAUCCUAAAUUCUGAUGCAGAAGCAGUUGUGGCUCCAUUCAGGGCAAAGGUUAAAGAGCAGGGCGAAUUGGUCAGAAAACUCAAGGAAAUGAAGGCCCCAGAAAUGGACAUCAUGCAAGCAAUUGCAGAACUGAAGAAUCGCAAGAGGUUGCUGGAUGAUGAACUUAGCAAAGUGGCCCCCAUUGAGGAGAAGUUUGAUCGGGUGAAGAUGGAGGAACUUCUCAAGAGGCGGUUUUUUUAUCUCCAGGGUGUUGCAGGUCUCUUUGACUUGGGUCCAGUUGGCUGUGCUUUGAAGUCAAAUGUCCUCCAAGAAUGGCGGCAGUUCUUCAUUCUAGAAGAGCAAAUGCUAGAAGUGGAUUGUACCAUUCUUACUCCUGAAGCUGUUCUCAAGGCUUCUGGGCAUGUAGACAGAUUCUCUGACUACAUGGUGAAAGAUGCACAGAGUGGAGAAUGCUUCAGAUUAGAUCAUCUUAUUAAAGCUCACCUGGAGAAAAUGUCAGUAGACCAAAAGAGCUCUAAGGAGCUUCAAUCAGAAUGCAUCAUGAUGCUGACGAGGUUGGAUGGCAUGUCUGUGGAGGAAAUGACUGAAAUUCUUCGCCGCUUUAACAUGAAGUCCCCUUCAACUGGAAGUGAUUUGAGUGACCCAGUGGAGUUCAACCUUAUGUUCCCCACUCAAAUUGGACCCUCUGGAAAUUUUAAGGGAUACCUGAGACCAGAGACAGCACAGGGGAUGUUUGUGAAUUUUAAGAAGUUGCUGGAGUUCAAUCAAGGGAAGCUGCCAUUUGCCGCAGCUCAGAUUGGAGAUGCAUUCCGGAAUGAAAUCUCACCACGCUCUGGACUUAUACGUGUCAGAGAGUUCACAAUGGCAGAAAUAGAGCAUUUUUGUGACCCUGAAGACAAAAGUCACCCCAAGUUUUCAUCAGUUGCUGGGAAGGUCCUUAUAUUCUAUUCAGCAUGUGAUCAGAUGGAUGGAAACCCUCCAAAGCAGCUGACCAUUGGAGAAGCUGUUGGAUCUGGCUUGGUGGCAAAUGAGACCCUUGGUUACUAUUUGGUUCGUAUCAAUGAUUUCCUCAUUCGUGUUGGGAUUGACCCAAAGAGACUUCGCUUCCGUCAGCACAUGAGCAAUGAGAUGGCUCACUAUGCCAAGGAUUGCUGGGAUGCUGAAAUCAAAACUUCUUAUGGUUGGGUGGAAUGUGUUGGGUGUGCUGAUCGAUCAGCAUAUGACUUGAGCCAGCAUUCCAAAGCCUCUGGAAGUCGUCUCUAUGCUGAGAAGAAACUAUCAGAACCCAAGAAGGUCAACCUAAUUGAGGUGUCAGUGAACAAGGGCCCAAUUGGAAAGACAUUCAAGGAGGCUGCAGUCAUGGUAGUGGGCAAACUCAAUGGUUUGAGCCAAGAGGAAGCAAAAGACAUGAAGGCAGAAUUAUAUGAGAAGGGAUCUGUAACAGUCAACAUAGAUGGAAGAUCUUUUUUGGUUACCAAAGAAAUGGCUGCUUUCAAAGAAGUAGAGAAGACACUGCAUGUUGAGGAGUUCAUUCCUAGUGUCAUUGAGCCCUCAUUUGGGAUUGGAAGGAUCAUGUAUGCUAUCCUGGAACACAAUUAUCAAGUGAGGGAGGGAGAUGAACAACGUGGGUACUUCACUUUGCCAGCAAUCAUUGCCCCUGUGAAAUGCAGCGUUCUCCCAUUGAGCAACAACCCAGAAUUUCACCCCUUCAUUCAGAGCAUCCGAGAUAUGCUUAGACAGGCUGGAGUUAGCCAUCGUGUGGAUGACUCGAGUGGUUCCAUUGGGAGGAGGUAUGCUCGCACAGAUGAAAUCGCCAUCCCAUUUGGUAUCACAGUUGACUUUGACACUGUGCAUGUAGAACCACCUUCAGUAACUCUGAGGGAACGAAAUUCCAUGGGUCAAGUAAGAAUUCCAAUCAUGCAGGUGGCAUCCACAGUGAAGGAGUUGGCUGAUGGCCGUAUUUCAUGGCCUCAGGUGGAAUUGACAUUUCCUAAGUUCACUCAGCAACAAACAGCAGACAGAAAAGAUGAUUAAGUCAUCAGCAUUUGAUUCUUUUUCCUGUUUUUCUGUUUCAUUCAAAACUUAUUUAUGGUAACAAGGUGAACUUUUCCGGAG